CCAUCUCCUGGAAACUACUCAGAACAGAGCAAACACGGAGCCUGGAAUCUUAAACCCUGUAAACCUCGAAUCAGAAAACAACGAAGCAGGGGGAGCAUCUGGUAUUGAUCCAUCCGACAAAGGUGAUCUGUGGAAUACACCCACAUCACAGAACAGAGGUAGCACUCAGAGUGGGUCAGUGGUCAGCAAGAAUCUGAAAAAGAGACCUGCAUGCAGACUGAAUAACACGAGUGUGCAGCAGAAGACCAGGUUUGCCUUCUCAAAAGCACAGAACCGCCUGCUUAAGGAGUACAUGGGAGCCCAUUGGGAAGACUUGUAUGGGCCAAAGAGAAAAGUAGCUUCUGAACGACAGUCUCUGUGGCAUGCCUUGACUGCUCAAAUUAAUGGCUUGGAUGGAGACAACAAAAAGACCCUGAAACAGGUCCAAACACGGUGGUUCAACAUGCGCCGUGAUAUGGUCAGAAAAGCAAAAGCUCUGAAGCAGGUGGUGGAUAAUGGCUGGUUGACCAAGUUACCACAUAGUGAGAUCAGGAUUUUAAAUGCAUGCCAUGGCAGACUGGAUGGAAUUGAGGAUGGAAAGAAGAAUUUGCAGGAUUCCUAUAGCAGCUGUGAAACGUUCCUUAAAUCUGCCCCCACACAGCCUGCCUGUGCAAGCUCUGUACAAAGGGAGCCACGGAGUCAGCAGUCAACAGCAGCAGUUAGCUGUAUUUCUAAGCCCCACGGGACUUUGGAGGUGCAAUUUUACAGCCAGGAUCCAGCGGAGAUACAGGAUGAUCUCUCCAUUCUCCAGGCCACAGAGCCCUCUGCCUUCACUGCCACAAAUCACGUAGAGACUGAAAUUCAUGAAGAAGGAUAUGACACAAAUGAGGAUGGAACACUUUCAAAAAUCCUCAACUACUGCAAGGUGAUGCAUAAAGCUAUCCAGAGACUUGAUCAAAAAAUUGACAGCCUUCAGUCAACUGUCUCAGAAAUGCAGAAAUCCCACCGGUGGCCUCUAUUCAUUAAGCGAAAGCCUGUGGUACAACCGGGAGCAGCAGCUCACUCAGUCAGGGCCCCGGUCUCCUGUGCGUUGGACUCCACCCCGCCGAUGCCCCAGCUCGUGCGGGUGUGCUCUCCUCCCCGCCUGCUGCCUGCGGAGGAAGUGCAGAAGCCCCCCCGGCUCUCUCCUGCCCCCGGGGCCCCCAGCCCCACGCUGCUCUGUCACCAAGGACAGCACAGCCAGCCGCCCCCCCCCGCCAUCUCAUCGCUGGGUCCGGACUCGGCUUCUGUGGCAGUUGGAUCCAAGAGUAAAGAUGCUGGUGCCACUACUUCCGCUGAAGAGCGGCCUAUGGUGUUGAUUGGGAACCCUCAGAGGAAGGUGCUGGCUCCUGCCAGUGCUCUGCUCAAGGCCUCCACUGAGAGCAGCCCCAGAGGUGCAGUGGGCUAUCUGCUGCGUGGUCUGUUUUCUUCCGAGACCCUGAGCAGACAUAAUGUCACGGGGGUCGCAGCUCAGGGUAUCCUUCAGCUGGACCCCAAUAAAAUAGGUGCAAUUAGAGGUAGGCUUUUUUUUUCUCAAGAAUGAAUUCGGCUUCACUGUGCUUUGGCUUUAUUUAUGUUAUUUAAGUGCCUUUUAUUAAAUAGAUUGAGAACAUGGGUGUCCUGCAGUAUUUUUUUAGAACUGCCAAGCUUUCCUCAAGACAGGACAGAUUUUUCAGUCUUAAAUGUAAUGCAGUUUAAUUUAUUUGAUUGGGUGUUAGAUUCAGAAGGGGAGGAUAUUAAAAUAGUGCAUACAUUCAUGGGACAGUGAAGAAACGUUUUUACAAUUUAGAUAGAAAGAAACAAGAUUUUCUUUCUCCGCUGCCUGACAGUAUGAUUAUUGCCAGAGGAAAAUCACCUGAAAUCGCGUGGUUUUUAGAAGCACAUUUGUGGUAUUCCUUGCAGAAAGACAUUUAUUUUUCUCUACAAACUGCAUUCAAUAGUAAUGUUAAAUCUUGUUUUUUUUUUGUUAGUUCUUGUUAGCAUUUACUAUAAAGUUGUCAUUAAUUAUUUUGAUAUAGUCACUCUAUUUUGAUAUACAUUGCUAUUUAUUUUGAUACAGUCACUCUAUUUCGACAGAUAUCGCUCAAGAACUUUGUUCUCUAUAUACUGUAGAGUCAGACAAUUGAUUUUCCAAGCUUGGGAAUAAAAUCCUACAUUGCAUUGCAGAGUGGCUUGCUUCGACAUUCCCGAGCUGGGACAUGGGUAUAUAUGGAGAAGAAUGGGAAGCCUGUGUGAUAGUUAUGAAUAACAUAACGUGCAGCUUGCACAGUGUGGCUAAACGCAGGGUAAACACUUUUGAACUUCGAGUUGUUACAUCUGAAACAAGCACAUUGUGAUUAAGUCAUAUGUGGAGAGAAACAUUUUAAUAUAUUUUUUGGCAUUUCUUUUGAAUAAAAGUGCUGGAUGUAAAAUAACCUGGGUGAAAUGUACCUAUUUCUAAAACAAACCAGUAAUAGUCGUUUCUCCUAUAUUCACUAAGGUCUGCACACAAUAAACAGUGGGAAAGUGCUGCAUGCAUGUAAUUCCUGAAAUCCCGUUAAAAAACAAAUUCUAAUUUACUCUACUGUAUAUUUAUUGUGUGCUAUAUUUGGCGAUUCCAUCCAUUCGUUUUUUAAUGACGUCUUUCAAUUCAGAGUCACAGGGGAGCCGGAGUCUAUCCCAGCAAGCAACAGGUGCAAGGCAGGGUAUAUUGUGGAUGGUAUGACAGUCCAUUACAGGGCUGACAAAGACACAAACACACACACUCUUUCAGGCAAUGCAAGAUUUGGGUUUUGUAAAGACCUGAGAAACUGAAGUAACUUGGGGAGUGGGUGCCACCAGGAGGUUGAAUACUACCUGUGCUCAAUUCCAGUCUCUAGCAAGGUGGCGGGAUAGCAGUGUAGUGUACAGCAUACAGACGGAGCAUGGAAAGUGCACAUAGCAGCUCAUUUAUAAUUCAGCCAGAUAGUCAUGGCUAUAUGUUUCAAAGAAUAUAAAAAAGGUGGAACCCCCUUUAACUAAAGAGGAAGCUAGCAAGUCGGUUCUAAUAUAAAGACUUGUCUUCUGCCUGCUGUGGUGCUAAGAUCGCUUGUUAACAAUACAGCUAUUCUUCAUUUGUAAAUCUGUGUAACUAAUGAGAAUCAUCAUCAAAAUUUAAAAAGCUGAUUACACGAUUAACUCUUCCCAGGAAGACUCUAGCUUCACCAUUCUCCCCAGAACAAAAUCAGGGGGCAAUUCCUGGGACAGCUGCUCUCACUCCUUGUUGUUCCAGCCGAUUCUGCCUGCUGGUUUGGCUUAGUCCCACCCUUCACUAAUAAAUUGAACCCUACAGUUAUUCACUUUCCUUCAGGAGAGCAUUAGAUGUGUGUUGUGGGCAGACCUGUUGUCAAUGUCAUGCUUGUAUGUGACUUAAGAGUUAUGCUGCAAAAUUAAAAAGAACCUAAACAUUUUUUGUUGUUCCCUAAAUUAUUACAGUCUCAGUUCUCACGUGUCUCCCGCAUAAACAUAAGAAAUGAUAAGGAAGACAAAUCGCAAGAGCACGAGUGAGUUGAAUUGGUUUAUUACAGUUCAGUAGCGAUGCAUUCUGAAGAGUGUUAGAAUCUAAACCAGGAAUUCUAGGAAAGGCAGUUCAACAGAACCAGCUUUCCUGACUCUCCGGAGAGCAAGAAUCUCAGCAACAGGGUCCCGUUAAACCAGUUCACAAAAUUCAAAAACGGAUACAGCUGCUUAUGUACACCUCUUUUUGCAUCACAAAGCUUCAAAAGGCUGUACAUUCCAACACUGUUUUUUACCAUUCGUUAUCACGUCUCAAGAACCCACUCAAGCGUAUUCUGUACUGUACCUGCUGGUUCCACUCCCGUUUGUUCUUCCUUUCCUCUGUUUAUCAUGUGCUCCUUGCUAAAUAAUAAUCCUUACACUUAUAUAGCGCUUUUCUGGACACAGUGCUCAAAGUGCUUUACAGGUACCAGGGA